CACUGACGAAAAAGGGCAGCGCGGCGGCGGCUGAGCCGGGGAGGCGGAGCGCAGCCCAGCCAGGCACGGGCGGGCUCAGCCAGCCAGCCAGUCCCGCCGCAGCCUCCGACGCAGCAGCAGCAGCAGCAGCAGCAGGAGCCGCCGCCGCCUGUCUGGACGGCGAUGCGAGGCUGAGCCCCCGCCAGCCGCCCCGCCAGCCCAGCCCCGCGUCUGUUCCCUUCCUGCGGCUGCAGCGCGGCACAGUUACUAACCAUGGCUGGAGUAUUAAAAAGGAAAUAUGACGAGUUGGAAGACGAUGCCCCAUAUUCCUCCUCCUCUUCCUCCUCCUCCCCUUUCUCCUCUUCUUCUGGCUGGGAAUCGGAUGAGGAAAACUCCCGUGGAGACAUCAAGCCCGGCUCGGUCUUGAAUGCUGACUUCACUCCCUCGUCCAUCCUGAAAAAGAGCAAGCGCCUCAAGCGGAACACUGUAGAGUUUGACCGCGUCACCGUCUUCUACUUCCAGCGUUGCCAGGGCUUCACCAGUGUACCUAGUCGUGGGGGAUGUACCCUGGGCAUGGUCAACCAGCACAGCUUCUCCCGGGAGUUCACGCUAGCCGAAUUUUCCACGGAACAGGAAGCUGUUCGGCGGGAGAAGCUCAAGGAGCGGUUGAAAGAGGAGAAACUGGAAGCCUUGAAGUGGAAACUAACUAUGAACGGUACAAAAGAGUCUGAGGAGGCCAAUCAGUUGACUACAGAAGACAUCUCUGACGAUGACAUUGACCUCAGCAGCGUGGAGCCGGAGGACGGCUUCUUCCUCCAACCUUAUCCGGCCAAGAAGAGGCGGGCUCUACUGAAGGCCAUGGGCGUCAAGAAGAUCGACAAGGAGGAAAAGCGGGAGCUGCACAGCAUCCGCCUCUCCCGGGAAGACUGUGGCUGCGACUGCCAGGAAUUCUGCGACCCAGAGACGUGUAGCUGCAGCUUGGCAGGCAUUAAAUGCCAGAUGGAUCACACGUCGUUUCCUUGUGGCUGCACGAAAGACGGCUGUGGGAACACAGAAGGGCGCAUAGAGUUCAACCAGGCCCGAGUGCAGACGCACUUCAUCCACACCAUCAUGAAGUUGGAGCUGGAGAAGAACCAGCAGAGCACCGAGAGAAACAUGGAACCUGAGCCACCGUUCCCUGACAGGCUUCAUCCAUUUGGGUGUCCAGUGGGCAAGGUGGGGUUCGAGGAGCGGACUGCUCCCCUGGCUCCCGCCUUCCAGUUCAACAUGGAACUGGAGGCGAUCGGUGAGAACAGCUGCAGCAGCGAUAUGACUGACUCUUCGGUGUCAUCCAAUCAGAGCGAGGAUCUAGAAGAGCCGUAUGAGGCUGCCCCGUCAGAGAAGUCACAGUCGGAUGUUGAUGACGACGGCCUGGCGCGGAUACUCCACUUCAGCGAUUCCGAUGUGGAAGAGGGGAGCAGUGCUAGCAGCGGCUGCCAGGAUAACUUGAGCUCUUUCCACCCGACCGACUUCUUCAGCGCGGAUGUUGAAGGCCACUGUGUUGCCGACACCGCCGUGAAACUCAGCACCGGUAGUGGUUUGAGCCACUUGUCCAACCUCACGGAAUGUUUGGAUGAAAAUGCCAACCAGGGUGCCAGCGGUUUUCUAGAGGAAACCUCUGCAGGAGCGCUGUGUGGAGGUCCCUCUUGCUGUGCGCCAUCCACAGCCGAGCAGUGUCCCAAGAACUACAUGGACUUGAGCCUCUCCUCGGAUUCAUUGGAUUUCUUCCAGUCGUUCUCGGACUACAACUUGGGACCCCUUUAUAACUCCUUAAAGGAGUACGAGAACCUUGACAAUUUCUCAGCAUUGCAGUUCCAGCUGCCAAACUUCCCCAGCAUGCCCCAAGCAGGGGAUCCAGGCAGCUGCUUUCUCGAAUCCUUGAUCGGCUUGUCGGAAUCUGUCCCAGAAACCCCAGCACCUUUUACAGACAAUCAGCUUUUAGAGGAUGCUAUGAAGUCAUCGCUAAUGGAGACUGUGAAGGUUUAAUUUUGAUUGGGGAAGCCCUUUGGAAACUUUUUAAGUGCUUGAUAAAUAAGCAGGCUUUCCCACAAGAGGAGGAAAUGCUACCGAGAACUUUCUAAGCAAGUAAAUACCAGUUGGUUCCUUUUUCUGACACUUUGAAAUUCUGCAGUUACAAUCAGUUUUCUUACUGUUUGUGCAAAAACUCCACCUUUUCAUGGCAAAGAGGAAGACAGCUUUGCAAAUCAGAAUUUACCUAUGUUUUGUAUAUGGGGACAGGGAAACUUUUUGAGAAAUAUUCUUAUGUUUAAUGUUGUGGUCAUCCACAAAGCACCUUCUGCAAACGUUUAUGACGUUGGCAGGCAAUUCCUCAAAUUACUUUGGGAUUUAUAUAUAUAUAUAUAUUUAUUGUGAAAAUUAUUUGCUUGAGAGCUAACUCUCGCUUAAAUGAGAAAACGUUUACAGAAAAAAAAAUCCAUACGCUAUUAUAUUCAGAACCAUUUUUCCUUCCUAUUUAUUGCAAAUUUCCCCAAUUUUAAAUAGCCACGGAAGCUUGAACUAUGUGUGAAACCUUUAUUUAAAUUGGUAAUACCUCAGAUGUAUUAUGUGUACAAUCAUAUUUUUGCAUAAUAUAUCUGUAUUUAUUUAUUUGUUACUUUUUCGUGCAAGGGUUUCUCAAGGGCCGGAAGGUGAAAAAUAGGUUUUUAGUUGCGCCAAUCCUAAAAAUGCAUUUGUGAUGGGUGGUUUUCUUUAGAUGGUCAGAAAACACUUUCUGUCCUUAAAUAACAUUUCCAAGGCCUGGGUCUGCACUAACACACAACCUUGUUUCACCGCUUUGUGGCUUCCUCAAGGGAAGAGUUGUAACCAUACAAAGGGACUGAGCGGUCUGUUUGGGAGAUUCGCUUGCCCUCCUCCUCUUAGGAGAGUCACGGGGGUUCCUUAGAGAGACGCAGUUAAAUUGGUUGGAAACCAGUUUAGUUUUCCAGUUUGCUGUGAUUCAAUUUCCAGUAGCAACAGUGCUGUGCUCCACCCCACUUGAAGAUUUGCUCGUGAAAAUCAGGCAGUACAAUGAGUGGGGAGAGUGGGGGACGAAAGCAAGCCCACUGUGUGUGCCAGAAAUGUUUGCGAGUGCAGGACUAUCGGAUGGAGCAAAGCAGAAAGGGAGUGGCUUGCACAUCUUCUGUGAAAGGAGACAAGAGUGGAUGUUGCUAUUAUGUAAAGUAAGAAAAGUCUUCUUGAUAGCUACAAGACUUUUAAAGGAAGGUAUUGUAAAAAUAUGGGAUGUCCAUAAUUCUGCUGAAGACUAAUAUACCCUAAUCUAUUGAAGGGAGAGGAAUCGUAUGAGCUAUUUAAAGGAAGGGGAGAAAGUCAAAUUGUUUUUGUAAAUUAUGUUCUAAUUUAUUUAAUUUCCUUAAGGAUUUGGCCAUGAAACCUUUGCCGAGCUGAUCUAUUACAGUGCCUGAAUAUGCAAAGGAACCUUUUUGCAGUUAAGGCUGCCAUUUGGAAUGGGCAGAGCAACCUAAACUUUUUAUAUCCAUGUCCACUGUGCUCGUAGGCUUGGUGUCGAGCUGGCUGCCUGUGCAACCACUAAUCCAAUGUGAAGCCAGCCAGUUUGACUGUCUGCGAUGCUGAUGGGGGGGAGCAUGGAGAAACACCAAGUGUUUGUGUAAAUAUUUUGCCCCUCACUUUCCAUGCCCCUCACUUUCCCAGUAAAGGAGCUCCAUCUAGCAAAGUUGUCUUCUUAGUAAAUUACUCACACGAAAAUGAAUAAUUCGGACACGAAUAAUUUGGCUUGUUUCGAAAGCGACUGUUCACUUUGGCAUGUCCAAGAGGAAAGAAGACAAAGGUGAGCAGAUUCUUCAGUGAUGGCUGGGCUUUUGUUUACCCCUUCUGCUGGUGAUUGUCACUUUCUGAUAGGCUCCACCCAGUGGGUGGCACCACUCAGACUGGGACUAUCCUCUGUUCUGCAUACAGAUUAUAGCACCCUUUGAAUUGGAUAUGGCUAGCCACUGGACAUCAGCCAAAAUAUGGCAGAGGGAAGUGGCAUGAUUGGGCUAUGUAAUCUGUGGCUGGGUGCAUGCCACCCAUUGUACAUUGCCCACCGUCUGUCUAGGGACCUCUUAAGACAGCUAGAUAUGUACUUCGGUCAGACUGAAUGCAUGGCAUGAUGUGGCCGUUUCUAUAUAAUCUUUUAUAGUGGGGGUGCAACCUGCAUUUGAAUAGUACACAAGUGCCUAUACCAGCAGUACCAAUAUGCAUUCGCCAGUCAGGAAAAUCAAGCAGCUUAAAAAAAAAAAUUGAAAAAUGAAGUUCUUUUACAUGAUGCCAUAACUGAGCAACAACCAAACAGGAUCAGAAAAUACAGCUUCAUUGGAAGGGGCAUUGGUGCACGUGGAUUGGCGCGUUCAUGUCCAAAUGGCUGAAUAUGUGCCGGAUAAAUGAUCCGUUUGAUAAUCCGGUGGCAUGUUGACUGCCCUCUUCAAAUCCCAUCCCAAGUUCAUUCAGAGAAGGGGUGGUUCUGGAAUGCAGCUAGGCAAAGUCAUUUGAAAUGCUUCCUGACUGAAGAAUUGGAAACUCGGGUGCUUCAUUUCAAAGUUUUGCUCAAUUCUUUCUUCAGUUCAUUGGAGCUUCUGCAGAUGUGCCAUUAGUAUCCACGUGGGCCGUUUCCGCACUGCUUACCAGCCACAGAACAUUGUGCGAAGCUCCUGGAACAACAGCAUCUUCCUGAUGCAAUUUUGCGUGUUUUCACACUGCUUACCAGCCACGGAACAUUGUGCGAAGCUCCUGGAACGACAGCGUCUUCCUGAUGCAAUUUGGCGCGAGA